AUGGCUGAAGCUGCUGGUCACCGAGAUGUCGAUGUUCCGAAGACCAAAAAGGCCUUUGUACCUCUUGAGAACAACCCCGAAGUCAUGACCCACCUCGUCCACCAGCUCGGCCUCUCCUCCAACCUCGCCUUCCACGAUGUCUACUCCCUGACCGAGCCGUCUCUCCUCUCCUUCCUCCCUCGACCCGCCCUCGCACUCCUCCUCGUCUUUCCCGUCACCAACACCUACGAAAAGUUCCGGCAGCAAGAAGACUCAUCACGAGAAGAAUACAGCGGAUCGGGUGCGGGCGAGCGAGUCGUCUGGUUCAAACAGACCAUCAGAAAUGCAUGUGGGCUGAUAGGUCUGCUUCACGCCGUGUGCAAUGGUGCUUCUCGGCAGCAAAUACAGGAGGGCAGUGAUCUGCAGAAAUUGCUAAAGGAUGCCAUACCGCUGAAGCCGGGGGAUAGGGCCGAGAUGCUCUAUCAGAGCCAGGCGCUGGAGUCGGCACAUGCCGAUGCGGCGAAGAAGGGCGAUUCGGCCGCGCCGGAUGCCGAGGCGAAUGUGGAUCUGCAUUUUGUGGCAUUUGUGAAGAGUGAGGAGGGAGAUCUGUGGGAGUUGGAUGGGAGGAGGAAGGGGCCGCUGAAUAGGGGAAAGCUGGGUCCGGAGGAUGAUGUGCUGAGUGAGAAGGGGCAGGAACUUGGCGUGCAGGCUUUCUUGAGGAGGGAGGAGGAAGCCGGAGGCGGAGAGCUGAGGUUCAGCGUUGUCAUGCUGGGACCGAGCCUGGAGUGA